AUGCAUCAGCUAAUGAUGCUGCAAUCAGGAUUGAGUGAACAAAAUGAGUCCAUUUCUCGAGUAAGGCGUGCUGUGAAAUAUGUUAAGUCUUCUCCUGCAAGAUCAGCUUCCUUUAAGUCAUAUGUUGAGAAGGUAAAACUAGACACCCAUGGCCUUUUGAGUUUGGAUGUUGAGACGAGGUGGAACUCUACAUACUUGAUGUUAAAUACAGCUGUACAAUUUGAAAAAGCCUUUUCAAGAAUGUAUAUUGACGAUCAUAAGUACUUUAACUAUUGUCUUGAAUUGAGUGGAACAGCAGUGCAUCCAUCUUCGGAAGAUUGGAAGAAUGUGAAAGUCUUUCUCAAGUUUCUUGAGAUUUUCUAUAAAACCACUUUGAAGUUUUCGAGUACUUUGCAUGUUACUUCAAAUUGUUUCUUCCAUGAUCUUUUUAAUCUUCAAAGCAUAAUUGUCCGGUAUUCGAAUUGUAGCGAUUCAAUUUUGACUGAUAUGGCUAGGAAGAUGAAACUUAAGUUUGAUAAAUAUUGGGGUGAUUUUGAGGAUAUGAACAUGUUGUUAUUUGUUGCCAUUGUGUUGGAUCCUCGCUACAAAAUAAAGUAUGUGAAGUUCCUUUUUAACAAUUUUUAUGAUCCUUUGGAGGGAAAUGGAGAGUCUACUAAAGUGGUGAACACUUUAACUCGCUUGUAUAAUCAUUAUAAGAAUUCUAUUUCUGGGCCUUCUAGUGAAAAUAUUGGAGAUCAAACUAGUGUGAUGAGUCAAAUUGGUGCAAUGAAUAGUUCUGAUGUGUGGCAAUCGCAAUGGGAGAAAUUUCUUGAAGAUAGGAAUGAUGUUGAUAAUAAGUCUGAUCUUGAAAAGUAUUUGAUGGAUGAUCUGGAGAAGAUUAAGGAUUUCAAUAUCUUGACAUGGUGGAAAUCUUCAUCUGAAAGAUAUCCUAUUGUCUCUAGGAUUGCAAGAGAUGUGCUUGCUAUUCCUACAUCUACUGUUGCCUUAGAAUCAGCUUUUAGCACCGGUGGUCGGAUACUUGAUUGUUAUCGAAAUUCUCUAUCGACAAAGACAGCUGAAGCUCUUGUUUGUUGUCAACAAUGGUUGCGGUCAACAUCUAAAGAAUGCAACCUUGAAGACCUUUUAGAAGAAAUUCAAAAACUUGAGAUCGCUGAAAAAGGUAAUUUUACAUAA